AUGUUGCCGUACUUUUUUUUGUUCGUCUUUGCUGCGUCACCCUUACUCGGCACAUCUGCACGGAAUGCAUCUGCCGGUUGUGCUAUCAUCCGUCCUCCGAGAGAUGGUGGUAUAAGAUACAGAGGCCUCACACAGGAGCAGAUCCGAAGUGUGCAGGUUCUCCCUGUUGACUAUGAAAUUGAAUACAUCUGUAGGGGAAACCGUGUGAUUGUUGGACCCAAGGUCAGAAAAUGCUUACCCGAUGGCUCCUGGACCGACUUGAAACAACAAAGUAGAUGCCUGUUUUUAUGCCCUCGGGUCUGGACGUCUUUGGAAAAUGGUCGAGUUUCUUCUUGGCCACCAGGACUCCCGGUGGAAGGAACCGUGCUACAAUAUAGCUGUCUCCCUGGCUUCAUUUUGAUGGGCCGAAACGCAACGCAGUGUAAUAAAUUGGGCAGAUGGGACACGCCCAAACCCGUGUGUCACUAUGACAGACAUUUCAAAGCUCUCGGCAAGAAGAAGCUAUACAUCGGCGCGCUCUUCCCCAUGAGCGGAGGCUGGCCCGGGGGGCAAGCCUGCCUCCCCGCCGCUAAGAUGGCCUUGACUCUGGUGAACGAGAGGGCCGAUAUCCUUCCGGACUACGAGCUGGAGCUGAUACAUUACGACAGUAUGUGUGAUCCAGGAGAAGCCACCAAACUGCUUUAUGACCUUCUAUACACCGAACCCAUCAAGAUUGUACUGAUGCCCGGCUGCAGCUCAGUGUCCACACUGGUAGCGGAGGCUGCUCGCAUGUGGAACCUUAUCGUGUUGUCCUACGGGUCCAGUUCUCCAGCUCUGUCCAAUCGCCAACGCUUUCCUACUUUCUUUCGCACUCAUCCCUCGGCAACGUUGCACAACCCCACUCGAGUCCAGCUCUUCCAGAAGUGGAAAUGGACCAAGAUCGCUACCAUUCAGCAGACAACCGAAGUUUUUACAUCAACCCUGGACGAUCUAGAAGAGAGGGUGAAGGAGGCCGGGAUUGAAAUAAGCGUUCGUCAGAGUUUCCUUACCGACCCUGCUGUGGCUGUCAAAAACCUCAAGCGUCAGGAUGCCCGAAUCAUUGUUGGCCUCUUCUAUGAGACGGAAGCCAGGAAGGUCUUUUGCGAGGUCUACAAGGAAAAGCUGUACGGGAAAAAAUAUGUCUGGUUCCUCAUCGGUUGGUACGCAGACAACUGGUUUAAAAUCAACGACCCGUCCAUCAACUGCACAGUGGAGCAAAUGACAGAAGCCGUCGAAGGUCACGUGACCACCGAGAUUGUCAUGCUGAACCCGGAGACCGUACGAGGAGCCUCCAACUUGACUUCUCAAGAAUUUCUCGAGCAAUUGAUGUCAAAGUUGGGUGGUAAAAACUCCGAAGAAACCGGGGGAUUUCAGGAAGCCCCCCUAGCUUACGACGCCGUGUGGGCUCUAGCGCUGGCUCUCAACAAAACCGUGGGCCCUCUAAAGGCCAAGGGUCGGCGCUUGGAAGAUUUCAAUUACAACAACCGAGAUAUAACGGCCGAAAUCUACCGCGCCCUCAACACCAGCUCCUUCGAAGGCGUUUCGGGCCAUGUAAUAUUUGAUGCCCAAGGUUCUCGGAUGGCCUGGACUCUAAUUGAACAGCUUCAAGGAGGAAGCUAUAAGAAGAUUGGAUACUAUGACAGCACUAAAGGCAAUCUCUCCUGGUACGGGAAUGACAAAUGGAUCGGCUCUGGACCCCCUGCAGACCAGACAAUGGUCAUUGAAGAGUUCCGCUACCUGUCUCAGAAGCUAUUCGUGUCCAUGUCUGUGUUCUCCGGUUUGGGAAUCUUACUGGGCAUUAUCUGCCUUACUUUCAAUAUCUACAACAGCAGUGUCAGGUACAUUCAGAACUCGCAGCCAUACCUUAACAACAUGACCGCAGUGGGCUGCGUGAUGGCUUUAGCUGCCAUUUUCCCUCUGGGUAUCGACGGCCUUCAUGUCCGCAGGAAGCAUUUCCCUGUCGUCUGCCAGUUUCGACUGUGGCUGCUCGGUCUGGGUUUCAGCCUGGCGUACGGCAGCAUGUUUACCAAGAUCUGGUGGGUCCACACCGUCUUCACCAAGAAGGAUGAGAAGAAGGAUAAGAAGAAGCACCUGGAGCCAUGGAAGCUGUACGCCACGGUUGGGGUCCUGCUCGGCAUCGACUUCUUGUCUCUUAUCAUCUGGCAGAUUGUGGAUCCCUUACAUAUCACAGUGGAGAAAUUCACCCGAGAAGCCCCAAAAGGAGACCUGGAUGUUUUGAUUCAACCGUUAUUGGAGCACUGCAGCUCGGAAAAAAUGAACACCUGGCUGGGCGUUGUGUACGGGUACAAAGGCUUGCUGCUGCUGCUCGGCAUCUUCCUGGCUUAUGAGACCAAAUCUAUUUCAACGGAGAAAAUCAACGACCACCGAGCUGUGGGCAUGGCCAUCUAUAAUGUCGCUGUCCUCUGUUUGAUCACAGCGCCCGUCACCAUGAUCCUGUCCUCUCAGCAGGACGCCUCUUUUGCCUUCGCCUCCCUGGCCAUCGUGUUUUCCGUCUACAUCACCCUGGUGGUUCUAUUUGUGCCCAAGAUGCGACGUUUGAUCACAAGGGGUGAGUGGCAAUCAGAUGCCCAGGAGACCAUGAAGACGGGUUCUUCCAUGAACAACAAUGAUGAGGAGAAAUCCAGACAGUUGGAGAGAGAAAACAAGGAGCUGCAGAAGAUUAUACAAGAAAAAGAAGAGCGUGUAUCCGAGCUGAGAAACCAGCUUUCUGAGCGACAGGCUCUACGAUCGAGAAGAAGACCGUCCACCGUCUCCAAUCAGAACCACAACACGCCCCCGCUAGCGAUUCCCCCGACCGACCCCAGAUCAUUGGUGCCGCCUCCGGGGUACCCUACGCCCACUUCUGACCUGCACGCCAUCCCCGCGUCCUUUGCCAAUUCCUCCAGCCUCUACCAGCCCGACAACAAAAUCGGUCGCAAUAACUGUCACACCAGCCGGCUGCAGAUGCUCUACAAAUGA